AGCAUACAGGAGUUGACUACGAGUAGUAUAGCCUUUGCGACUGUCGCUUUACUAACGAGAGCUUUGCGGAUUUUUGCUAUUAAUUUAGUCGCUGGCAGAUACGAGCAGAGUUUCCAACGGCGUAGGGACAGAACAAGCUCUCCUUUAAGUGGUUGCAGACACGAGCAGAGUUUCCAACGUCGUAGCGACGGAAGAAGCUCUCCUUCAAGUGGUUGCAGAUACGAGCAGAGUUUGCAACGGCGUAGUGACGGUAACGGAAGCUCUCCCUGUCGAAGAAGUGCAGACAGCAGCUCAAAUGAAGAUGAAAAGAAGCUUUGCUGUGUGGGAGGGUGGAAAAAAGAACGGCGAGCUGCCCUUCGUCAUGCCGAGCGUGGUGAGCAUAUUACAUAUGGAUGAUGUUGAUGUUUUUCCCCUUGCCACACCAUCGAGCCUGCCCCUUUUCCCCUUGAAAGGGUCUAGGUUAUAGCGGAGCCUCGAUGGUCUGCCUAGGUGGAAAAAGCGCCACUCAUACUACAAGUGUGUUUGCCUCUUAACGCUCUGCUAUACGUGACUCUUGGCAUGAUUUUCGAGAGGGAGGCGAACGGGCCAAUGUCACAGGGGAGACCGCCGCACUUGGUGAAGCCAGACAACGAGCAUUUAUUCGGCUUGAUCGGUUUCCUCUUGCUAGGGGGAAUGUGCAAUAGUGCUUGGAUUUUGACGGAGUUUCGUCUCGUGGAGAAGAUGGGAUCAGAUACGACGGCGAUUAUUGCGAAUGUUAGUAGAACUGCCGCGACAUUAAUGGCAGUUGCUGUUCUCGGUGAACGGAUGCAGUGGUGGCAGUAUACGGGUGUCGGUGUACUGAUACUGGGCAUCAUCGUACGAUUCACUGUUGGAGAUGUAUACACCGUAGAGGACGAAAAGACAGAUGUGCCACCGAGAACUUCUGAGCUGCAGGAUCAUAGCCAAGUUGAGCCCGUUUAUGGUUCAUGAAUUUGCAGUUCUUACUGCUCGUGUUGGAGAGUACAAAUGGACACCAGUUACGCUUACUCAUCGUCAUCAUAAGGAUUAUCGAUUCCUGACCAGAAACAUGACUUCAGAAAAGAGAUUCAUACGUUUGAAGUUUUAAUUGUCCCUUUUUAUUUUUUACUUGCUUGGUAUUUAUGUUGAACGAUGUUCUAGUUCUCUUUUGGUUGUUGUUGUAAAGACGUUGAUUACACCGCCUGUUUGUUUAUUCUUUAUUUUCAAGGAGAUCAUCAACGAGUGUCAGCGACGAUACCGAUGAGGCAGUUCCAGACAAUCCAGAGCAAACUUUUCGCUUCAACAGAAAUCGAAGCGGAAUUAGUUCGAAGACCGUCAUCCUUUUAACAAAAAAUUUUUUUAAAACUUUCCUUGACCACGGAAAUUUUCUAACCCAUGAUUUUUUAAAAGACCUUUGCAAUUGUGCUUUUUUAUCAUUUAUUUUAUAGUUGUACAUUUUUUUUUUCAUCUUUUAGGCCCGUGAGUGCCCUACCGUCUUGAGAACGGUAAUUUUGCUUAGUUUGACUGUCAACAAUCUCCCUUUGUCAUUCAGGAGGACAAUUUCUGCGUCUGUUUUUUUGAACGAAGCAAUUUCUACGUCUGUCUUUUUGCGGUUGGGUUGAUUUAGUGAACCGCGUGUGGAUAGUCCCGACGUCCUAAUCUCUACUCUCCAG